AUGCUGCAGAAAAAAAAAACAUCAGCCAAAAACAAAAAAAUGAAACUAUACCUAUCAUACUCCUAUUCGGAUUAGGCGAAGGCGAUGGGGAUGGCGGAUUUCGUUUGUUUCUUGACAACAAUUCCGAAGAACCCGCCAGUUGAGCACGAUCUGCUCGUAGUUGAGCACUCAACGAUGUGAACGGUAAAUACCUAUUUGAUAUGCGAUCCUUGGCUAAUUUUGUCUGAGCAGCUCUCGAUUGAAGAAGUAGCUGUUCAUCUAAUGCGGCAGAGAGUGGAUAUCUGA